AUGCCAGUUCUCAAAGAUACUUUAACAGUUUUCCAAUGUUUAGUUGAGAAGAUACCUGAGUUCGUAUUGUUCGGCAGUCAGAAUCAUGUCACCUUACAUCUUGUAACCAUUUUUAAUUCCUUCAGAAAUUGGAACUGCAUUUCCCAAACCUUAAUUGACAAAGCAACCAAAGUGAUAACAAACUUAGCUGGAAAUAUAAAAAUAUCACAAAAAUAA